AUGUUGGGAAAUGGUUGUGUUAAGGACUUUAUCAAAAGAAUGUUGAACACCAAAAGAGAGUACAGGAUUUUUUGCUCUUAAAGGUACUUGUCUGCUCUUUUACGAUAGUUUUAACUUAAUAUUGAUAGCAAUUGUUAUCAUCAUCAUCAGUAGCUUCUUUACACUACUGACAACUUCUUUUUUGUUCGAAAAACACACUGUUAUUAAAGAUAUUAAUCUUCUUUUUUCCAUUCAUGUUUUAGAGUUAAUUAAAAAUCUAAAGAAGGCAUAGAAUUGCUUCAUUGCUGGAGAGACUAAGAAGCUGUAGGGCUACCACAAGAGUUAAUGGAGAAGAUUGAUAUGGAAGUUAUUGGAGGCAGCAAAGUUUAAGUGCAACGAAUUCUUAAGAAUGGACAAGUGUUUUACUUUAAGGAGUACACCAGAAUGGUAGAGCAGAAUGACUAUGUUGUCUUGUUUGCAUGUGGCAAGGUUGGAGACGUUGAGUGUUUUGUGUGGGAUUGGCAGUCUGGGAUCACAUUGGCAGUCUUUAGAGAAGUACAGCCAGAUCUCCAGAAUCUAUUCUUCUUUAGUGAGGCUGGUCAUCACAUAUUAAGGAUGAAACAGGAA